GUCUAAAUUAAAAAUUAUAUUAAAAUAUUUCAUUGAGGUAAUUGUUUUUGUUUUGAUUAUUAUCAAUCGAGACACAUUUUGAAAUUGUGUCGCUAUUUAUUUUUAUAUUAAGUAAACUUGCAAGGCACUUUUGUUAGCAGGAGACAAGUGGCUGGUGUUGUGUCUCAGUAUGCUGUACCUGGCGAAGGGACUCUUCCACAAAGUGGUGCCUGUAGAUCAACAGUUGGAUAUUGACUAUGCUAGGAUAUUCAGAAUGUCAUCAUCAGAACACUUGUUCCGAGUGCCACAGUUGUACACUGCCUCCCGAACUAUGAAUCUUAGGCGACCCGGAGGAGGCUCCAAUAUUCCUAAGUGAAUGGAUGUGUAUAAAUUCCAUCGAUCCAUAGAGCUACAACAUCCAUAAGAGCUACCGACAUGGAUAAAGAAAUAAAAUUAGAAGCAGACAGGUUCGUGUACCAUGAUAGUCUAAAAGAUGAAGACCGGAAGAAAAGAAAGACGCACAAGAAAAGUAGACGGGAGUCUGUCGAUGAGUACGAGAAAGACUAUAAGUCAAGAAGCAGUAGCAAUGGUAGAAGAAGUCACACGAAGAAGUCUCAUGAUAAAGACCAUUCAUUAGACGAAUUAAUGAAGCGGAAAGAACUAUUAGAAGCAUGUCUAGUAGCUUAUAAGUCUGAUAAAAGUGAUGGUGAAACGGAACAGCCAUCACAUAAGAAGAAAAAAGAUCGUGAUUAUGAGUACAGACGGAGCAAUAAACACAUGUCUAUUAAAGACAGAUCAUCAGAACGCGAUAGAUACAAGUGUAAACGAUAUGGGGAAGAUUUAAGACAAAUCAUAAAUAGAGAGCGUAGGAAGGAAAUGGAAAAAGAGAGGGAGUACCGUGAAAGAAAAGAAACGGAACGAAAUCGCGAGAGAGACGUGGAGAGGCGAUCUAUAGAGAUGAAGAGGAAAGAACGGGAGCCUCGAACACGUCAGACGCGAGACCGGUCGCCGAUAGUGCGUCGUGAUCGCGAACGCUCACGUGAUAGAAACCACAGGCGAACCCACAAACAUCAGAAUUCAAUCAAUGAAGUGGCACAAAUAGUUCCAUGUUCAAGUGACGAAGAAUCAAAUUUGGUAAUAAAUACAGAUGAUGAUGAAGAGAUAGAGGAGCAGAUUAUCGAAAAGAGAAGAGAAGAGAGGGAACGACUAAUAAAGAAGCUCCGUGGUAUCAACAAUGGCCCAUUGGAACAACAACAACAGCAGGUGGCAGUCUCCACCUCACCGGAUGUAAAGCCGGACAAUAUGAACUCUGACAUUAAACAGGAUAAAUGUGAAACAAAAGGAGAAAGUGACCAAGAUGAGACCACGAAUUCAGACUCCAAGAGCGAUGUAAGCGGGCUGGCCGGGAAUAUAGACAAUGAGUCCAAAACUAACAUCAAAUUGGAGAAGUCAGUGAAGAGCAAGUCGUGGGACAUGUUCGCUGAUCAGGACAGCUUCAGUGUUGAUACGUCUACAGCUGGAAAACCAAGAAGUGACAAUGCAUUAGAGAACCCUUCAUUGAUAGACAAUUGGGAUGAUGCCGAAGGGUACUACAGGGUGCGAAUCGGCGAGAGUCUGGACGAGCGGUACAAUGUGUACGGUUACACCGGCCAAGGGGUGUUCUCUAACGUGGUGCGGGCGCGGGACCAACGCGCCAACUGCGAUGUGGCCGUCAAGAUCAUCAGGAACAAUGCCAUGAUGCACAAAACCGGCCUCCGUGAGAUAGAAAUUCUGAAGCGUUUGAACGACGCCGACCCCCACGACAAGUUCCACUGUUUGCGCCUGUCCCGGCAUUUCUUCCACAAGCAGCACUUGUGCAUGGUGAUGGAGCCUCUGUCCAUGAACCUCAGGGAGGUGCUGAAGAAGUACGGCAAGAACAGCGGAAUACACAUCAAGGCGGUCAGAUGUUAUACGAUGCAAAUGUUGUCGGCGCUCGAACUGUUGAAGAAAACUGGCAUUUUACACGCCGACAUCAAACCGGACAAUAUACUCGUUGAUGAUAGUAAGCUAACGCUUAAACUAUGCGACUUCGGUUCCGCGUCGUGUGUAACGGAAAACGAAAUCACACCAUACCUGGUCUCGAGAUUCUACCGGGCGCCAGAGAUCAUCCUCGGCUCCGCCUACGAUCACGGCAUAGACAUGUGGUCCACGGCGUGCACUGUAUACGAACUGUCCACCGGCAAAAUAAUGUUCAGUGGGAAAUCCAACAAUGAGAUGCUAAAAUGUUUCAUGGACCUGAAAGGAAAGAUACCAAAUAAAAUCAUAAAGAGGGGACACUUCAAGGGGCAACACUUUGAUGCAAAUUGCAACUUUUUGUAUCGUGAGCUGGACAAAGUGACCGAACGGGAGAAAGUGGUGGUGAUGUCAAAUAUAAAGGCGACGAGACACUUACAAUCGGAGCUGGCCCCGCCGCACGAUCGUCUCCCCCAGCAGGAGGCCAAGAAGAUAACGCAACUCGGAGACUUGCUCGAGCGAAUGCUGACGCUCGACCCUGCCAAGCGCGCCUCCGUAGACCACUGUCUCGCGCAUCCCUUCAUCCAGGAGAAGAUAUAGUUUGUAGCCCACGACCGCUAUAGAGCGGUGCCAUAGACAACCUGUGUUACAUUCAAUGUAUUUUUUUAUUCAACUAUCGUGAUGUUUUUGGUCAUGUAUAAAUAGUGUAAUAGUUUAGCUAGUUUUUAUAACAAAUGGUUCGUUUGUCAUAUUGUAUUAAUCUAGAACAGAGCUGUCCAAACUAGAUAGGAUCUAGGGCCUAUUCCUUUUUCAUUAAUUUUACAAUUUUGUCAAUAUAAACAUCAAUAUCGGUAGUAACUAGAAAAAAUUGGGGGGCCGCAUGUAGCCCGCGGGCCACGGUUUGGACAGCUCUGGUCUAGAAUUCUUCAAACACUGUUUCAUUUAAUUACAUUGAUAUAAGUUCAUGUUUAAAAGUAACUUUAACCUUGGAAAUGUGUAAAAUCAAUACACCUGUUAUUUAGUUAUUAAAUUACUUAAUAAAUUAUUAAGAUAUA